AACUAUAAUAUAACGAUAAUUUCUUAAUUGCAAACGAUCAAAUGCUGAACCAUUUAUACAUGAACAUUUUCAGAUAACAGAAUAUUCCUGGUGAUAUUUUCCUUAAAUAAUAAGAGUUGCGUCCCUUGGUUCGAGUCAUUUUCGUAAAUCUUUAGCGGUGUGUCAUGGUGGUGGAAGUUGUUGAUCUCAACGCUGGGAUUAGUUCAGGGCCGUUUCAGCGAGUGCAAGGGUAUCCAGUUCAUUUACUGAUAAUUAGACGGUGUUAUUGAAUCACCAAUUCUAAUGAAUUGGUUGGAAAUUAGUGCGACCACUUUCCUGAGUUCGUUGUGGAGUGCAAUUCUGGGCUUUUGCAACGACAUAAGCGACGUAUUCAGUGCACGAAACAUCCAUAACAUUUAGUACAGACGACGUUCAGAUACAAAUACUACUUUUGUUACUCAUCUGGUUGUGUAUCAACAUUGUUCUUAUAACCAUUUCUUGGUCAGUUUAUGGCACAAGGAUAUGCACCAAGAUUGACAGGAAAGAUCUUACAGAACAGUUUCCAUUUCAACACAAUUUGGAACGACAGUAACAACAGCUUCUGUUCUGCCUAACAAUUAAGAUGGCUGCAAUCAAAAGGUUUUUUCAAAAGAGAAAACUUGAUGUCACCUUUAAAAGAGCUGGGGAUGGCCAUCGUCUCAAAGACGAAAGUCGGUCGACCCCUCAUACAGCGAUGAGGGAACCAGGCCGGCCAGUGCCUCGACAAGAAACUUCCACCGAAGCAAGGAAGGCAGCUGAAGCUGCUUUGAUGCGAACACAGGGUCAGAACCCAAGGAAAUCAGCUGGAGUAUCACAGAGGGCAAAGAUGAAGCAAGAGAUGGAGUCGGAGAUGAGAAAACAGGAACAGUCCAUAGCAGUUGCUGAGGCAGCGAGAGCAGGUCCAGCCAAGGUAGAACUAGACAGUGCUCCUGUACUCUCACAGAUUCUAUACUCUUGUCCAGAACUUGGUCCCGCAGUCCUUCCCAAAAAUGAAAUUGAGAACUACAUAGAGGAGUUUCUCUUGAAGCAAAUUGCAGAAGAGCCAGAAAUGACUUCAGCCUUGAUGAUUCAUACUCUCAACAAGGACAAAGAAAAAGUUAGAAUUGGUAUUGAAACAUUGGUUAAAAUUCUUGGUAAUAUUAUAGCAAACCCUGGUGAGGAGAAGUACCGGAAGAUAAGAUUGACUACCAAAGCAUUCUCAGAGAAAAUAGAGCCAUUGAGGGGAAGUGAUGAGUUUCUACAAGCUGCUGGCUUCAAUAUGAUGUCCCAGCUGGUAAACGAAACUGAAGAGAACUUUUAUGUAAUGGAUGAAGGAAUGGCACAGGAUACAGAGAGACUUAAUGGCCUUAAGGAAGUGUUGUUAGCGGCAGAGCCUAUCAGACCUCAGCUGGACCGUGCUUUGAAAGUGUACCAUCCCUCACAACAGGCUUCCAAGUUCGACAUUCCAAAUGAAUUCUAUAACAUUAGCCCUGAGGAGAUCAAGAAAGAACAACAGAGAAGACAGGAUGCAGUUGAUAAGCUUGGCAUGUUACGCACCAAAGCCAUGCGAGAAAGGGAUGAAUUACGGGAAUUGAGAAAGUAUCGCUUCACCCUUAUUCGUGUUCGAAUGCCAAAUGGUGUUUUGUUGCAAGGAACAUUUAAGGCACAGGAAAAAGUUUCUUCUCUGUUUUCUUUCGUGAGAGAAAAUUUAGCAAUUGAUUGGAUACCAUUUCAGCUUUUAUCAGUUGGUCAGAAACUUGAGGAGGCAGACACAUUUGCAGAGGCUGGACUGGUGCCUGCUGUGGUAGUAACGUUGACUUGGGACCAGGCGUUGAUGGCUGAUCUCAAGGCACAGCAAGGGGCUGGGGCGGAGGGUGCAAUAUUGAAGCCAGAAAUCAUGUCUCUCAUAGAGACAUUAUGAUAGUUUAUUAGAGGAUCGAAACAGUGCAUUGUGAUAAUAAGUAUUUACAUAUGUCCGGAGAGAAUUAUUAUUGUAUCACAGAUAUUGAGAGAGACCUGGUUAUACUUUUCCUUCCAGCAUGUCAGAAAUAUAAACAUUGUCUCUAUGAUGUAUAAACAUGGGGUUAGUGACAUACAAAUGUACAUUUAUUAUAGAAUAAAUAUUAUACUAGUUUAUUUAAAGAUGUUAUAAUGGUAAUAAUGUUGUACUGCUUUUAAACAAAAUUCAUAAAAUGGCAACCCAAAUAUAGGAAUACAAGAGUAUAUCUAAUAAACACCUACAAAUGAAAAAAAUAUUUCCUAAUAAUGAUUGCAUAAAGGACUGUAGCAUCUUUAAGAAAUAAGAAGUAGAAAAGGCAAUAAAAAACUUGCCAUAAAUUAACUCCUUUUUCUUCUCUUGAAUGUCAAAUCUUGUCAGAACUAAUCCUGUUAUUUAAUAUUGCUUUCAAAUGAAAAACAUCAGGUUGAGAGGAUUUUUGUAUCUUAACGGAUUAACAUAGAUCUGGGAGGCUAUAAUCAGUCGUAAGACAAGAUCUUGCCUGGAUAACAGUUUCAAUACAACUCUGCCUAAAAAACAAGUUCUUAAUUGAAUACAUUAAUGUGAUUGACAUUCCACUCGUUAUCAUUAUGCAAUCCUUCCUUUAUUAGUCCCCUAUUGAUGAAACGGGUAGGGGACUAUAGGUUUCCUCUCCGUCUGUCUUGUAUGUAUUACAGAAAUAUGUCUGUGCUCUACUGGCUUCUUUCCUUAUGGAUUUUGAUCAAACUUGACAUGAUUACAAGUAACCAUAAUAUCUCAGACAAGGUCAAAUUUUAAGGUUUGUGGGUCAAGGUCACCAUAAUAUUUUUAGAAUAUCCAAGUUUCUUCAAAAACCAUUACGGUGUAAUAGCUGGCGGGGCCCGUAAGUGACAUGUAUUGCUUUAGCUGUAUUCAAUGCACUUGUUUCACAAUCUACAUGUAUAUCUGUUUAAAUGCUGGGGGAAAGAAAAGUCAUAUUAACAUACAUGUAGGAAUUAUAACUUAUUGAUCUUAAGUGAAGAAAUCACAAUUAAGCAAUUUGAUGAAAGCUGAAUAACAGAACCCUUUUAAACAGUUAGUUUACACAUUUACCAGCUGGUCUAAACACUUGAUUUGCUAACGACAGAAAUCUUUUUGAAGAGACACACAAUUUAUUGUUGCAAUAACAUUAUGAAGUAAUGUUUUGUGAAAUUUAAACAGGUUGAGAUUUUGAGUAAAAUACAAUCACAAGAUUUAUAAAUCUGACCUUUUAAAGUCUAGGAUCGAACCAUUGGGUCUGUGUAUACUUGUACAUAAAAGGAAGUACAAAACUGAUGUUCCAUAGUUUAUUGUAUCUGUUGUUGUCCCGAUGGAUUCCAAGAAGUAUUGCUAGUCUUAUAUGUAUCAGAAAAAAGCAUCCUCGAUACUCAAAGGGUUACGUUCACUUUCACUUACUGCACUAUCAGAAUCAGUCAUAGCAAUGGCAUAUUUCAGGGAGGCAGAGUGAAUGUAAAAGGAUGCAUUUAGUGUUGCUCUGUAUAGUUAAUAUAUUUUUUUCUUAUUGUGGCUCAGUUAUGGUGUUGAAACUGAAAUAGUCAAAAAAAAAUAUAUCAAUAUUGCUAUCUUAUAUUUGUGAGUUUAUUGAGUUUCUCUGUGGACAUAAUAUUUGUAGCAUAAUGAAUGGUGCAUUUUACCCUAUUGUUAUUUUACAAAGAUAUUACACAAAUUAAAUUCGUCUUAAAUUGCCUUUGACCAAUUUGUGAUCAAAAUAAAGUAUGAUACAAUGUAUUUCAAUAUCUGUCCAUUGUGUAAAUUCUCUGAUUUUAACUGUGUUGGAUAUAACAGUUUGUAGUUGUGCGUAUGUUCCAGAAAUUACUUGACUGACUAGAGAUAUUAUCCUUUGUGGGUUUUUCCCCCAGACAAAAAGUCUAAUAUUCCCUGGAGCCUAAUUAAGUCAGAUUUAAUACUUUUUUAAUCGUGCGAGUGUGUAUAUUAGUUUAUCCAUCUUGUGUUUAUUUGAACAAGUUCCUUUGCCAUUUUCACUAAUUAUUGUCUAAUUAUAAUCAAUGCCUUAAAGAUGCUUCAUUGCUGAUAAAGGUAAAUGUUAAAUUCACAUGAUUUAUACUGUUACAAUUUAUAUAUACAUUUAUACUUCAAAGUUUUGAGCUUCUCAUUUAUUGUUUAAAAUUCCAAGUGAAUAAAUAAUUGCAUUCUGAAGAAAUUCUAUUGUGCUCUGCCUCUGUAUUUGAUAUAUAAAUAAAACUUAUUAAUUUUAAGAUUCUGUUCUUACCUUUUUUCUUUUUUGAUGAUAAUUAGAUUUCUAUUCUGUAGGAGCUAUUUCGUGCAUUUUUGUGAGAAUCAGUGUACACAGUCGGUGAUGUGGUAUAUUUAAGGACAGGAAAAUCACAUUAAUGUGUAGGAUUGCUUUUAAUUUGGAUUUGCCUUGCAUUUAUAAAGAUGUUUUUUGUGUAGUUAAUUUAGCAUGAUCAUAAUUAUUAUGUAAAUGUGUUGUGAACAUUCUUACAUUACUUUAUGCUUGGUUUCCAAGUGAAAUGGAAAGACUUGCAUAUGAUGUAUCUGCGAAAAAUAUUUGUUAAGUUUGAUUUAAGCUUAGGGAAGUUACUCAGCAAUUUUGUCUCAAGGGUCAGAAUGUUCUGGUACAUAUCAUCAUAGGGGCUAUCUUCCCAUUAUUAUAUCCAUGAAAUGUUUAUCAUUAUUAGUUUUUGAUAACCUGAUUUGUGUGUAAUCAAAAGCCAAUAGUUAUCACAUGACGGUACAUUAUUUUUCCCCUGACAUUUCUUUCUGCAUGCUAUCAGUCAUAUCAAAAGAGGUAAUGGAAUGAUCAGUUAUAAAUUUUGUUCAUUAAAUCCAAACAUACCUAGAUAAAAUCAACAUGGCAUGUGUGAUUGCUUACCUGGUUGUCUUUAUUGCAAGCAAUACAUUUUUUUUCCAAAUUUUCAAGAAAUUAUGGAAAUGUGUUUAUUUACUGGUAAUCAAAGAAGUUUCUUUAUCGCUGAUCGGUUUUGUAGAAUUUACAAAAUAUCCUGCCAACUUUGGUUUUGCUAGUUUUAUGUUACAAGCUGUAAUGAAGGAAUAUUGAAGGAAUAUGAUGUUACUCAUAAAUAUUGUUUCGUUUUUAUGUUACAAACAGUAAUAAAGGCAUUGAUUCAGAAGGAA